AUCCAUCCCGGUAGCCAUGGAAACAGUUACAGCAACAAAAACAGAUGCAGACGACAGCUUACACAAAAUAAAACUUAAACACCCCAGUUCCUAGACGAUUUGUGUGCUGCACAUAGGUACAAAGGCAAGAUGGGAGAAGACCAACAUAUCACAACAGAGUCGACUCGACUUGUGACAGCUCUGCUGGACAGACACCGCCACACUGUCAGGAAGGAGCAGGUGGAUCCUGACAGUGAGAUGAGGAAUAUCACCUGGGUUGCCAGCAAAGACUUCACAGUCGAGGUUGGAAAGAGGCAGAUUGGGGAGUAUAUUCAAACCUGGGAGCUGCAGCCCUGCUGGCUCUACAGCCUGGACUUCCUCUACUCAACCGAGGACGAGCAUCACACCUUCUACCACUACCGGGCCCGCUUCAGCACCCCGACCCAGCAGGAGCCGAUUCAAGGGACAGCUAGCGUCUACUUCUUGGUAGAUAUAUCUAAAGUCAAGCCCCAGACUCUGCCCGUGGAGGUGCUCUUCGUGGUGGAGUCUAACAGACUGGUGCACACACCCGGGAGGAGCAGGUUCAGAGAGAAGUGGCUGGCAGAUGUUAUCAAGAGCAAGACUUUGCUCCGGAGUGCCGCGGACCUUUGAGCCAGCUGCCGAAUCACCCCGAAGGGAAAAUACUUCUAGACCCUAAUUUCAUCCAACUUGCUAUGCAUUAGCAUUAAAUCCCACAUGGUAGCUUUAAA